GUGUGACUGGCAGGCAGCGGUGGUACAGCAAGGAGGCGUCAGCACCCGUAGGGGAAAACAAAAGGAAACGGAACAGCUCCUCUGUCUGCCUCGGACCCAGUGACACCGACAUUCUUCUUCUUUCGUUAUUCCGCACAAACCAAGCGAGGUCUUAUACGAAGGAGACGAGCACGGUUCAACUAUCGAAAGGACUCCAUUUCAGUGGGCAUUUCUUGCAUUUAUCCACAUCCCCCAUACAAUCACUUCAGUUCGCGAUUCCUCAUAGAAGUAAGCCCGAUCUACGGUACAUAGAACUCGCUGUUUGGGACGUUGAAUCAUAAAUCUACAAAACAAAAGACGAACAAAUACGGAGUGUUGACACCACCUCCUUCCCUCGCUCUUUCUUUUUUCUUCUUCGAUCAUGCUGCAUCGCUGCCUCAUUCAGUUGGCCAAAAAGAAAGGGCCACCGCAGCGGGGUCACGUGCUGCGGCGAAAUCUGCGUCGAUCGGGCAGCAGCGGAAGUGCCAGUGCGUCCGUUGCCCGUCGUGCAGGCAGCGCAGCCGCCAAACGCGACGGCAAAGGUCACCCGUCGUCCGCUGCUUCAUCGAAAGCGAAGAGCGGCAAGGCAGAGGCUGGUAAUAAAAACUUCCUUAACGGGACAGACGGAAACAGUUCCGCAGCGGCGCCGUUGGCGCUCGUGUCAGACGAGUCGGCUCACGCACCGCCCAACUCGGCCCGUCGUCCGCUGUAUCGGCUGGCCACUGCAGUUGCCACGGUCGUCGUGCCGCCCACCACUAACGUCUACUUGCAGUCCAUGAAGCACCUGCUAACGCCUGCGUCUUCUCCUGCGCUUGCCAGCGCCUCCAUCGGCGAAGCCGUGGGGGCGGCCACCCCCGCCGUGCCCAUUGUCGAGGAGUACUACACGAGCAAAAAAGGCCCGCUCUUCGCCACCGCCGUCGUGGCCGGCACCAACGCGGUGAAGCAGGUGAGCUCCCUCAUCCCAUUCUGCUACCCGACACCCAUUCAGCGGUGCUCCUUCACCUUCCGGCGGCGGCAGGUGCUGCAGGCCCCACGCCCGUCCCAGAUGCCCCACCGCGUCGUGCUGCGGCGCCGCACCUCGACCCCCAGCCAGUCGCCCACCCGCCCCGAGUACAGCGUGCUCUACUGCUUCUGCACGGUCGCGACGGAGAGCAAAGCCGGGGUGGAGAUGGAGGCGUUGACGGGUGCCACCAUGGCCACCGUGACGCUGUACGACAUGCUGAAGGGGCUUCCAGGUGCACAGGAGGACGGACUGAGUCUUGGGGAGGCUUUUGUGCUGGCGAAGCGUGGCGGACGCAACGACUUCACUAAGUUGCUCAUGUCCGAGCCGGAUCGCCCGCUUGUAGACAGUGGCAUCCGAAAUGGAGGUGAAGUGCCAGCCAUCGCGCCUCCUAAGGCGUUCACAGAGGCGACGACUAACGGCAAUAACUCGUCUGGCACAGCAGCAGCAGCAGCUACGUCGAAUUCAGCGGAGUCACUCGCAAAUCAGCAGGAUGGCAACGCCCAACAGCAAUCUGCCACCAACGCGGCGCACGGCGUUGGAAAUACGGAAGGUGAUGAGCAGGGCGUCGUGCCGCAACGUGUCAUACGCCGCACAUCUUCGGUUGCCGGUGUUGACGAUGCGGAGGACCCAAAUGCUCCCGGCGACGCCGGUGCGUGGUGGCGCACGUCGAAGCACGAGAAGCGGCUUCAAGAGCUACACCCCCGGCGCAAGUACGUUGAUGGCUCACGGGUUGUUCCUACUAGCCCCUCUGCUGCCGACGGGGCUGUGCCUUCGCAGGUUGCCGUCACAAACGCGGCACCAACCGCGCCGGCAACCACGCCCAGUAAGCUGAAGCACGUGUCGAAGGCGAGUAUGAUACGCGAAGGCCGUCCGGUCGUGUCCGCUAUGAGCGCAAAGGCGGCGUUGAAGGCCGCACGUGACGCUGCGGCGCACCACGAGGAGGCAGAGGAGGAGGACGCAAUGGAGCAUCGGCGACCGAACAAGGGCCGUCUUGCCAGAAAAUCGGGACGUGGCGCCAUUUCAGCCGAAGCGGACACGGACGAAGUGCCGGACAAGGAGGCAGUCCUGGAAGACGACGAAGCCGCCGAGGAGGCGGAGGAAGCGGAGGUGACGCACGACGAGGACGAGGUCGAGCCCAGCAAAGGCGGCAAAAAGACCAAGCGGGGCUCCACGGCGAGCGCAGCAGCGCACAAGUCGGUCAAGGCAGCAGGGAGAAGGGCGACUGCGACGGCCACCAGCGCUGCCCAGCGACGUCAACAGGCGGCGGAGGAGGCGGAGGCAGAGGAGGAUGAAGAAGACAGCGCAGAGGCGGCUGUGGAGGAGGAAGAGGAAGAAGAGGAGGUUGUGACGCCAACCCGCAAGCCUUCGCACGCGAGCUUGGCUGCGGCCGCGAAGAAGCACAACAAGGGCAAAAUCAGCGCAGCCCGCAAGCAACGCGCCGCCACCACGACAGCAUCGUCGCACAAAAAGGGUCGAGCGGCAGCGGUGGAAGAGGAGGACGAGAACGAGGCCGUGUCUGUUGAAGGAGGGGAAGACGACGAACCGGCUGCAGAAGAGGAGGAGGAAGACAGCGCAGAGGCAGAUGUGGGAACGGUUGACGAAGAGGAAGAAGAGGAGGUGGCGGUGACGCGUCGCGGUAAGUCGACAAAACACAGCGCUGCGGCAACGACCCCAUCCAAGAAAAAGGCGAGCGCGAUGCGGCCGGUGCAGCACAGCUCGUGGGACGAAGGAACGCGUAAGGUCGACGACGAUGAGGACGCUGAAGCAAACGAGGAGGAAGAGGCGGUGAACGAAGACGCUGAAGAAGAGGAAGAGGAAGAAGUGCCGCCUCCGCCGCCGAAGAAGCUGAAGAAGAGUAUGAAGCGAACAAUUCCAAGGAGGAGGUGA